AUGCAGCCCCCGGUGCCACCGGAGCGUGCACUUCAAGCACGCAUCACAGGGCUGAACCACGACGUGCACGUUGAGAAGUCGCCGCAUGCUUGUGGAGAUGUCCCAACUUCAGGCAGCACCUCAGCUGCCGCCUGGGAACACACCAUCCAGACUGCCGGUUGCGGACCUUCCAGCGGAAUCCUCCACUGUGUUGUCGUCCCCGCGAUCCCAAACGACACUGCCGGAGGACGCUUUCAAUCAGCGCCCACGCGUAAGGCUACAGGAGCGGGGCUGAAGCUGCUGGAUGCACUACUGUGGCCGCGCUCAAAGACGAAGAAGAGGAGAUAUUUGCCUUUCAAAGCAGGAAACCCGCAGCUUCACCGCCGUCUCGUGGAGAUGCGUCUGUGCGUGGAUGGAAGAAGACCUCCGUGUCGACUGCACAGAAGCUCGGUUGCGCGCCAAAUCAUGCGCGAACGCUUCGCAGGUGGUGUCGGAAGUUUCUGUCAGGCGCAAAGCCCACACUCUCAGCAUUAUCGCGACGGUCUCAACGGAGCGGAGGCGGCUUGGGCAGCAAAGAAGUAUGCUAGCCAUCAUGGGCUUCCCCCUAGGGCGAUAUUUGAGCGCGCAGACAUCGCGACACCUGUAUAG